UCUGUCAAACAUCAACAAAAACAAAUUUGCAUCGUAAAUCCAUUCAACCAAAAACUUUCACCAGAAAAAAAUAAAGAAUAAAGAAUUAAAAAAAAACAACAAAUCCUUCGUCCUAAAAGAAAAAUAUACUCUAUUGAUUACAUGUAACAUUUUCCUUUAUCAAGUGUUUUUCUUAAAAUAAAAGAACUUUUGUUAAAUUCUCCAAAACCAAGUUAAAAGAAGCACCUGCUGUGUUGUUGGAACGAUAGAAAAAAAGUUCAAGGCUCAACAAAUUCUUGACUUUUGUUGGUCUUUUUGUGCUAUGUUGCAAAAUAUCUAUCGAACCAGCAGUCGUCUUAUAUCAUUCAAUUCACGUUCAUACAGUUUCGUGUCCUUUAACAAAACUCCAAGAUUAUAUAAUCUUGCAAGAUCACCUUCCCACUAUCUCUAUCAAACAUUGAUAAUUAGUCGCCAGAUGGCAGCUAGUCUACCCGAACACACAAACCGGUUGGCCCAAGAAAAGUCCCCCUAUCUCCUGCAACAUGCCCACAACCCCGUCGACUGGUAUCCGUGGGGUGACGAGGCCAUUCAAAGAGCCAAAGACGAGAAGAAGUUAAUCUUCCUCUCAGUCGGCUACUCCACUUGUCACUGGUGUCAUGUAAUGGAACAUGAAUCCUUUGAAAAUCCCGAAGUGGCCAAAAUAAUGAAUGAGAACUUUAUCAAUAUCAAAGUCGAUCGGGAGGAGCGACCGGAUAUCGACAAAAUCUAUAUGAAUUUUGUCGUAAUGAUGAAUGGAAGUGGCGGUUGGCCAAUGUCAGUUUGGUUGACCCCAGAUCUGGCUCCAAUUACAGCCGGAACGUAUUUCCCACCCAAGUCGAGGUGGGGAAUGCCUGGGUUUACCACUGUUCUUGAAACCAUUGCCGCCAAAUGGAAGACAGAUCAGAAGGAGCUGGCGGCAACUGGUCUCAAGGUUAUCGAAGGUAUUCGAAGCACUUUGACUCAGAAACCAAGCGAUGCUGGUUUCGAGCCAGGCAGUGCCGAAGCGAAGCUCCACGAAGCUGUGCGAAUCUUUAAAUACAAGUUCGAUAGUCAAUUCGGUGGAUUUGGGGAUCAUCCCAAAUUUCCCGAAGUCUCUCGAUUGAAUUUCCUUUUCCAUGCUUAUAUUGUUAGCAAGGAUGAGGAUAUUCUUGAUAUGGCAACCAAGUCAUUGAAGAAGAUCGGGAAUGGAGGUAUUCACGAUCAUGUAUUUGGUGGAUUUGCACGGUAUUCAGUGGACCGGAAAUGGCAUGUUCCACAUUUUGAGAAAAUGCUCUACGAUCAGGGGCAAUUGAUGUCUUCCUAUUCGAAUGCUUUCAUGUUGACUAAAGAUAAGGCAUUUCUUGAUUUUGCCGAUGGGAUUUUUCGUUAUAUUAUGAAGGAUCUGCGGCAUCCAACUGGGGGAUUCUUUUCAGGAGAAGAUGCAGAUUCUUUGCCAACAGCUGGGGAUAAGGUUAAAGUCGAAGGGGCUUUUUAUGCAUGGACUUGGUCAGAGAUUCGUGAUGCUAUUGCAGAAAAUGGAGACAAAUACAUGAUGAGUGAGGAUGAGGUCGUUAAGAUCUAUUGUCAUCAUUAUGACGUUCGUAAGGAAGGCAAUGUGGAGCCAUCCAGUGAUCCACAUGGUCAUUUGUUGGCAAAGAAUAUAUUGAUUGUUAGAGAAUCUCCAGAAGAAACUUGUGAUAAGUUUCAGUUGUCUCCAGAACAACUGAAGGAAAUACUGAAGACUACAAAUGGAAUUCUUCAUGAGAUUAGGGACAAACGACCACGUCCUCAUUUGGACACGAAGAUUAUUACUUCGUGGAAUGGAUUGAUUCUGUCUGGUUUGUCUAAAUUAGCCAAUUGCAACAGUGACAAAAGAGAAGAAUACAUGAAGGCUGCAGGGGAGUUGUAUAAAUUUGCAAGAAAUUCUCUGUUUGACAAGGAGCGGAAGGUUCUUUUGCGGUCGUGUUAUGGAGAUGGAGCUGAAUUGGCUGAGAUUUUAUCACAGAGAAUCGAUGGGUUCCUUGAUGAUUAUGCCUUUCUCAUCAAAGGUCUACUUGACUACUAUAAGGCUUCGUUGAAUUCGGAAGUCCUUGAUUGGGCUAAGGAGUUGCAGGAUAUUCAGGAUACUCUGUUUUGGGAUGAUAAAGAUGGAGGGUAUUUCUAUUCGCAUGCACACUCGCCAAAUGUUGUUGUGAGACUUAAGGAAGAUAGCGAUGGAGCAGAACCAUGUGGUAAUAGUGUCUCAGCUACGAAUCUCGUUCUCCUCUCCUACUAUUUCGAUGAUGACAAUUACCGACAAAAAGCUAACAAACUCUUUGAUUAUUUCUCUGCAACUGAUCCAUUUGGUUAUGUUCUUCCAAAAAUGAUGUCAGGUUUGCUACUCAAUGAAUUAGGUCUCGAUUUGGUAGCAGUUGUUGGGCCUGAUACAGAAAUAACUAAACAAUUUGUCGAAGUCUUGCAAAGGUUUUACAUUCCUGGAAUGAUUAUUGUGCAUGUUGAUCCGGAAAAUCCGACAGCGAGUAGUCAAAAGACACAGGAUAAAUUCAAAAUGGUCAAUGGAAAGCCUACGGUGUAUAUAUGUCAUGAUAAAGUCUGUCGAAUGCCAUUAACUGAUCCGAAGAAAUUGGAAGAGAAUCUGAAGGAAAAUUACUUGACAAAGCAUCGUUAAAUGCUCUUCUUAAUAAUUUUUCAUUUUUGUUUUUUUUUUAUUAUAUUUUUGUUAACCUGUUGACUUGGAAAUAUUUAAUAAUAAUAAAAAAGUUAUAGAUUAUAAAAAA